UUUACAUCUUUUUCCAGUGUUAAUAUUUUAUUGUCCAUUUAGUCAGAACCGAACCGACCGUCUCUCCGGUACGAAAGAUCAGUAUUUUCCUGAUAUUUGACAAUGCCGGGUCACUUUACAAUCGUUACCACACCAAUUGCUGUGAUAUUAUGUUGCUGUGCAGCCUUCAUUGACAUUACCAGUGGAGCGUCUGUUGAGGAAUACACACUCCUCCAGAGUACCCUGCUGACUAACUACUCCACCAGUGUCCGUCCUCUGCUGGAUCAAGACGACACUGUCUUCGUCUACUCCGGGUUCUACCUGGCUGGUAUUAAUGAGGUAGAUGCGGUCAAUCAGCGGCUGAUCACUACUGGGUUCUUAGAACUUAGCUGGGAUGACGAGUUUCUUCAGUGGGAUGAAGAUGAAUUCGAUAUCCAAACGUUGUAUUUCAAACAGAAAGACAUUUGGACCCCGGACGUGGUAUUAAAAAAUGGAAUAACAACUUUUAAGGAGCUUGGUGGAGAGUUUUACUAUUUGCAAGUAACAUCGGAUGGCAGAGUAACAUGGCUUCCUUUUCAAGUGUUAGAGAGUAAAUGUUUCAUCGAUAUCACGUACUUCCCAUUUGAUGACCAGAAAUGCAGCAUCACAUUCCAUAGCUGGAGCUUCAGCAAGGACGAGGUCAACGUGACCCUGUUUGUAGACGACCCCUCGCCGGUCGACUUUUAUAACUACGUCGAAAAUUCGGUCUGGAACAUUGUAUCCACUGACGCAUUUGCGUCUCCCGAGAUAGAGGUGGAAUCGGAAGUGACGUUUAUACUUCAUCUCCGCAGAAAACCGCUUUACUUCAUCGUGAAUCUCAUCUCUCCAAUUGUUUUACUGGGAGUUGUCCGUCUUCUAGUAUUUGUCAUCCCCGCGGACGCCGGAGAAAAAAUGUCAUUUGCAAUGGCUGUGUUUCUGUCGUUCGCUGUUUUUCUGUCCAUCAUCAGUAUGCAUCUUCCGACGAAUUCCGAGAAAACCUCACUGCUGGGAGUGUAUAUCGUAGUUCAGAUGAUCAUAGGGGUAGGAACUAUAGUGAUUUCUUCUUUUCAACUCAGGCUUCACCACCGAAAGUCGGAGCGGAAGGUCGGGGUGUUUUACAGAGGGGUCGUCAAGGUGGAGCGGUUCCUGCGAUGUACAACAUGUAACGAGUCCCGAAAAGUCUCUGGUGAGAAAAACAUGGAAGUUUCUCUCAAUGAUGGUGACGACGGCAUUAUAAAUUGGAGAGACGUUUCAUCUGCAAUUGAUUUCGUUUCUUUCUGGACAAUGUUGGUAUUUGAAAUUACAGCUAUGACCAUCAUAAUUGCAACAUUGAUUGGAGGUUAUGAUUUAAUUGGGUGAAUGUAAAUUUCAAGCUAACAAAAUAACCUUUGAUUCAAUACAUGAAUACAUAUUAAGGUUGAUAAAAACCUAUUAUUAAACGACUGGCAAUUAAUAAAUAAAAGGGUUUAAAUGGUUUGUUCAUGGGGGUUUUCAGUCGAUAAUUCUAUUAAUUUUGAUGACUGUAUUUCUUCGAAAAAUUUUAAAAUUAAUUUAAAAAGUUGCACAACAACACAAGGAGAGCCACUCUAUGUUUUCUUCGUUUUAUUUAAAGCAAUAUGAGCUGCAAUUUUCAUGCUGAAUUUUUUUACGGGUUUAUUUUCAUGGGUUUAUUUAGAAAACAAACACUGCUAAUACAGUUCAACAAUUUAUAUCCUAACCGACCGUAUCACAACUCAUAAUUAUAUUAUUAAAUCGAACGAUUUUCUCUUGCAUCGUCGCGGACAUUUUAACACCUAUUUUAGGAGUUUAUCUAAAAAGCAACAACUGUAAAUACAUGUCUAAACAAUUUACUUGUUUUCCGUCUGUAUCGGAACUGCUAAUAUAUAAUUACAUCAGUU